GGUCAAUGUCGUAAAAUAUUGCGAACAGUUCUCGAUAUUUACAUGCCGCAUUUCCGGGUGAUGCAAACAUAUGUCAAAACAUAAAUCUAAGUCACUUUGCUGAGAUUUCAACGGUAUUUAGAUAUCAGAUGGCGGAAAACGGAGUUAUGACCGCGGAGGAAAAAUGUUCCUUAAUAACAAGAAACUUGCAGGAGACGCUAGGUGAGGACAAGAUUAAAGCAGUGUUGAAGGAGCGUGAUCUGAAGGUGUACUGGGGAACGGCCACUACAGGCAAGCCACAUGUCGGCUACUUUGUCCCCAUGUGCAAGAUCUCGGACUUUCUUCGGGCAGGUUGUGAGGUGACCAUUCUGUUUGCGGACCUGCAUGCCUACCUGGAUAACAUGAAGGCUCCCUGGUCCCUGCUCGCCAAGCGCACAGAGUACUACGAACACAUUAUCAAAGCCAUGCUCAAGUCCAUAGAUGUUCCGCUUGAAAAACUCAAGUUUGUCAAAGGCACAGACUACCAGCUUAGCAAAGAGUACACGCUGGACGUGUACCGACUGACGUCCUUGGUGACGGAGCAUGACGCCCGGAAGGCAGGGGCAGAGGUUGUGAAGCAGGUGUCCAGUCCCCUACUCAGUGGGCUGCUUUACCCAGGAUUGCAGGCCUUGGAUGAGGAAUACCUUAAGGUUGAUGCCCAGUUUGGUGGCGUGGAUCAGCGUAAGAUCUUCACAUUUGCUAAGAAGUAUUUGCCUCACCUUGGGUACAAAGAGCGUUCCCAUCUGAUGAACCCGAUGGUCCCUGGGCUCACGGGCGGCAAGAUGAGCUCCUCAGAGGAGGACUCCAAGAUUGACCUGCUUGACUCAGCCGCCCAGCUUAAGAAGAAAUUGAAGAAGGCAUUCUGUGAACCAGGAAACACGGCGGAGAAUGGCGUCCUGGGGUUCUGCAAAUCUGUGCUCUUUCCACUCUCCAGUACUGGAGAGUUUGUUGUGGAGCGUCCUGAGGAAUAUGGAGGUCGCACUGUGUACAAGUCUUAUGAGGAGCUUGAGCAGGCAUUUGCUAGUCAGACGUUGCACCCAGGGGACCUGAAGGGGGCUGUAGAGGGGUACCUGAACAACCUGCUCCAGCCGAUCAGAAAGGAGUUUGAAUCCCCAGCUCUAAAAAAACUCACAUCAGAGGCUUACCCCGUUGAGAAGAAAAAGGGAGGAGGAGGUGGAGGGGCCAAGGGAGGUAAUCAACCAGAACCAGAGUUGUCCCCUGCCAGACUGGAUCUCCGUGUGGGCAAAAUUGUCUCUGUUGGACAGCACCCAGAUGCAGAGUCACUGUUUGUGGAGUCUGUCGACAUUGGUGAGCCCGAGCCCCGCACGGUGGUCAGCGGACUGGUUGGUCUAUACCCUGAGGAGAAACUAAAUGGUAGACUAGGCAUCUUCCUGUGUAACCUGAAACCAGUCAAGAUGAGGGGCGUCCUCUCCACCGCCAUGCUUAUGUGUGCCUCCAGAGCGGAUCCACGGACAGUGGAGCCCCUGAAUGUGCCCGAGGGCAAUUUACCAGGAGACCGGGUCUUCUUCGAGGGUCACAGUGAAGGCAAGCCUGAUGAACAACUCAAUCCGAAGAAAAAAGUCUGGGAAAAACUAGCCGUUGACAUGCAGACUAACAGCAAGUGUGUGGCGGAAUGGCAGGGCAGCAAUAUGGUGACAAAACUGGGCACCGUCACAUGUGACUCGUUAAAGUCUGUACCGAUAUGUUGACCCCCGCCAGGGGCCGGAUAGUCACCGUGCUAAUUGUUAUUUAUUGGUGAUAUGGGAAGUGUUCAAUCAAGUUGAUGUACUGUGAUGAAAACACAGUAUUAUUAUUGUGCUUUUUUAUGAUAGAUCUGUGGAAAUUAUUUACAAUCAGUCGCACUUUGCAAGCUCCAAGGAUGUGCCCGAUGUGGUUGAAAAAGUUUACAUUAUUUUGUGAUCCCAAUAGCUAUUCAAUAUUCUUAGCUGUUAUUUCAACUUUCAUUUCGGUGUGUAUGCAGUUGUGGAUGCAAUAAACUUGAAAAUAAAGUCUAAGAAAGAUG